AUGAACUCCUUCACCGUGUUUUUGGCCUUCGUAUUGGUCACGGUGGCCGUGGCUGAGCCGCAGGGAUACAAUUACCAGCGCCCGUCGGGAGGCGGCGGCGGCGGUGGAUUCAGCUCCGGCGGCAGCUUCAGCUCGGGCGGCGGGAGUUUCAGCUCCGGCGGCAGCAGCUUCAGCUCCGGUGGCGGCGGCGGCUACCAGGCUGUGCCACACGGCACGCAGACGUCUGAGGGCCAGAACGUCGACCCGCAGCUGCUGGAGCAGAUCCGCCAGAUCCUCCUGAAGGAGGAGAGCCAGUCCGGCGGACACGGGGGUGGCGGCGGCGGCCACGGCGGCGGCGCCCCAUCUGGCCAGUAUGGAGUGCCAUCACCCCAGUACGGCGUGCCAUCCCACCAGUCCCGCGUCGUGGGCAUCGAUCUCGAGGGCGUGCGACAAGCCAUCCAGGUCGCGCAGUUCCUCCAGACCAGUCAUUCUCAGUCCUCGGGCGGAUUCUCCGGCUACCCAUCCGGAGGCGCCUCGCGGCCCAGCAGCUCCUACGGCGCCCCCUUCUAA